CCCGCGGGCUCGGCCUCCCCCCUGGGGCUGCCCAAGCCAAAGAAGAGGACGGAGCCGGUGCGGAUCGCAGCGCCAGAACUGCGCCAGGGAGAUUCAGAUUCAGAGGAAGAUGAACCAGCAAAGAAGAAAAAUACUGUUCAGGGACGCUCCGAAGGCUCCGGUUUAUCUGCUUUGCUUCCUCAACCCAAAAACCUGACAGUGAAAGAGACCAACAGGUUACUCCUGCCCUAUGCUUUCUCAAGGAAAGGGGGAGACAACUCCUCUGACUCCAAACCUCCCAAGGCUCCAACCUCCUCCUCCAAAGCCAAGCCCGUGGCCAAGCCAGCCGUGGCCACCACUCCGUCCCCGUCGGCGAUCAAGGCCGCGGCCAAGAGCGCAGCUCUGCAGGUAACGAAGCAAAUCACACAGGAGGAGGAGGACAGCGAUGAAGAGCUCGAGCCAGAGAACUACUUCUCCUUGUCUGACAGGAGUGAGCCCAGUGCUGCAGGCUCAGAGCCUUACCUGUACCCCAGCACGGUGGGGGCGGAGGAUCCCCCGCCCGGGACAGAGCCGGAGCCGCAGUUCCAGGACGCGGCGGCUAACGCUCCUCUGGAGUUCAAGACGGGAGCAGGAUCCAGUGGUGCUCAGCAUGGCUGGGCAGCCAAACCUGGGGAGGACUAUGGUUCCCAGUAUGGCCAGUUCCCUGCCUAUGGAGAGCAUGGGGCAUACUACCAG